AAAAACCCUUGAAAAGCCAGAAUCCGAAUCCAAAAACAUCUCCAAUUUCGUGUUUCUGUCAUCCCUAUUUACCCGCUGCAUUAUCCUGGAAUACAACAUUCCAUAAUUCUCCCAGCAUUAAAAUCAACAAAUUCUCAAUCUCUUCUUUACAAAUUUCGAUUAUUAAUCGGAUAAACCCAUCCCCUCCCUCCACCCUGCUUCGCCGCAAACGGCCGAGACGCACGCUUCUUUCCCAGCUGAUUUUUUUUUUUUUAAUUUUUAAUUUUUUUUUUUUUUGGGGGAAGACAUGAUGUGGGAUGAAUGGGCAGAAGGUAUCCAGGAACAGAAAAACGAAGAAGAGUACGAAUACGAUGCUCAAGAACAACGGCAAGACAGGGAGGAAGGCUCUUCUUCCUCAUCCUCUUCCUCUAACCUCAACUUCGAUUUCUUAUCUCUUGUUUCUCAGCCUAAGGAUUAUUAUCGGAUAUUGGAAGUGGACUAUGAUGCUUCGGAGGAGGUUAUUCGAUCCAAUUAUAUUCGUCUUGCUUUGAAAUGGCACCCGGAUAAGCUAAAAGGCCAGGACACUGCUACUUCAAGGUUUCAGGAAAUAAACGAGGCAUACCAAGUUUUAAGUGAUCCACUGAAGCGUCAAGAAUAUGACAAGACAGCAGUAUUACGUGCCUAUGACUACAAUAUAGUGGAAUAUCUUGACCGGUAUAAGGGGCUUAUUUUAACAUGCAAUGGUCUCGGCAUGAAGCACACGAUAUGGUAAAACCAGGCACACGAUAUGGUAAAACCAGGACAAGCACAUUCUCUUUGUCCCAAGAUUCUACUACCGGAGUGAUCAUAAUCCAAUGAAUCUCAAGUUCAUGAUCGGAUUCCUAGUAGUUCUUAGCUACUAUAAGUAUAAAUACAGGCUAUUGCAGAUUUGCAUCACUUUCUGUUCAAAUACAGAACAAAAAUUGUAAGGGCAACUGAUUUAGCAUGCUGUCUAUAUGAUUUUUGCCAUUUUACAGUGUCAACAGUGUUGAUACCAGAACCACUGAACCAGUAGCCUGUUGGUUUUUUUUAUCAGCAACCUGCAUCUGGCAUGUAAUUGACUUGGAAAAUUUCAUCAGCUUUAUGAUAAUCCAUGUGAUUUAGGAUGUGAUUAUUUCAA